AGCCACCUUCUAGUUCUAGACCAUUGGAUUCUCUCUUUCGAGACGCUCCUUCCAGCCUUCCAAUCUGAAGUGAAGACAGAAAAAUUUUGAAAAAGGCUCAAGCGAGAUUCGCCCUCGUGUCAAUUCCACUAAUUCGACCGUUGAGAGUCAAUUGCCGUUGUUCUCCCCACCCCCUUCUUUCCCCCCUUUUUGUCUCCGUCUUUUUUCCUUCCUCAAAUCAUUCCCUUUCCUCUCCCUCUCUAUUCUUCCCUCCAGAAAACCGAGUUUUUUUUUCCCAUGGCGAUCGUAGAGGCGCAACAACAACAACAGCAGGAGAAGGCUUCUUCGGAGGUUUCAACAGCAGAGAAGAAAAGAUGGACGCUUAAUGAUUUCGACAUUGGGAAGCCUCUUGGACGGGGGAAGUUUGGGCAUGUGUAUUUGGCAAGAGAAAAGAGGAGCAAUCAUGUAGUGGCUUUAAAGGUUCUCUUUAAGAGCCAGCUGCAGCAGUCUCAGGUUGAACAUCAACUGCGUCGGGAAGUUGAAAUUCAAAGUCAUCUACGCCAUCCAAAUAUAUUGCGCCUCUAUGGUUUUUUCUAUGACCAGAAACGUGUAUAUCUAGUACUAGAAUAUGCAGCCAAAGGGGAACUCUACAAGGAGCUACAAAAGUGCAAAUACUUCAGUGAGAGAAGGGCGGCAACAUAUGUUGCUUCCUUGGCUCGGGCCCUCAUUUAUUGUCAUGGAAAUCAUGUAAUACACAGAGACAUCAAACCAGAGAACCUCUUAGUUGGUGCACAGGGUGAGCUCAAGAUUGCAGAUUUUGGAUGGUCAGUGCACACAUUCAACCGUAGGCGGACCAUGUGUGGCACGCUGGACUACCUUCCACCUGAAAUGGUUGAAAGCGUGGAGCAUGAUGCUAGUGUCGAUAUCUGGAGCCUUGGGAUAUUAUGCUACGAGUUUCUUUAUGGAGUCCCUCCUUUUGAGGCCAUUGAACACUCUGAAACAUACAGAAGGAUUAUGCAAGUAGAUUUGAAGUUCCCUCCUAAACCAAUUGUCUCUUCUGCAGCAAAGGACCUUAUCAGUCAGAUGCUUGUCAAGGAUUCUUCACAGCGUCUGCCACUGCAUAAACUUCUUGAGCAUCCCUGGAUUGUACAAAAUGCUGAUCCAUCUGGCAUCUAUAGAGCUUGAUUCACCUUGUGCUUUCUUGCCUGUCAUGGAAUUCAAUGCUGACUGGUCUUGUUAAAAAGUCACAAGAAAUUAGGGUUUUCAGUGAAUUUGUGAAAUUAUUAGUGCAAGGAUUGUUUCAAACAAGAAGAUAAUCAGAUUAUGUGUCAUUGCAUAUAUCUCCGAUCUUUGUAGAAAUAAUAACUAGUCUUUUGAAUU